CCUCCCUUUUUUUUUUCUUCUCUUCUCUUCUUCACUCACUCUCCUCUUCCUCCUCUCUUCUUCUUCUUCCAUCCUCCCCCUCCUCUCCUCCUCUCCUUUUGUGUGUCUCUCUUUCCUUUUUGUACCAUCGUGGUUUUUGUGAUACCCUACGAGUUGUCCAGCUUGUGAAGCCGGCUCUCAUUCGAUUGUUGUCAGUUCCUCUCUGAAAAGAAGGUUCUGCUUUUUACCCCUCCGUGGGAUUCCUCAACCCGUUUGCAUAAUCAUCAGACGAGUUUAUUACACACAUCAUGGAUCAGCAACGAUUCUUGCAACAACUUCAGAUUGUCCUGAACCCCGCUCAGGGCAACGUUAAGGAGGCUACCGGCAUUCUUCAGCGCGAGUUCUACAAGCAGCCUGAAUCCCUUGUCUUCCUGAUCCAGAUCGCGACCAGCCACGAGGAUGCCAACUUGAGACAGUUGGCCGCCGUUGAGUCGCGUUCUUUGGUCGUCAAGCACUGGGUUGCCGUCCAGGCCAACCAGAAGCCCCAGAUCCGUGAGCAGCUGCUGCGCUCGGCUCUUGGCGAGGCCUCGUCGCUGGUCCGCCAUUCCGUUGCUCGCGUCAUCUCUGCCAUCGCCAAGAUCGACUUGAACGAUGGCGAGUGGGCUGAGCUGCCCAACUUCCUGCUGCAGGCUGCCAGCAGCGGCAACAAGGAAGAGCGUGCCGUCGGUGUUUACAUCCUGUUGACCAUCUUGGAGACUCUGGGUGACGCGUUCGAGGAGAAAUUCGAGGACCUGUUCAACCUCUUCAGCAAGACCAUCAGUGACCCCGAGAGCUCGGAGGUCCGUAUCAACACCCUCAUGGCCCUGAGCAAGCUGGCGAUGUACCUGGAUUCUGAGGAGAACAUGGGCCCUGUCCGCGCUUUCCAGAACCUGCUGCCCUCUAUGGUCGCCGUCCUCAAGGAUGCUAUCGACAAGGAGCAGGAUGAUGAGGUUAUGCAGGCGUUCGAGGUCUUCCAGACCCUGCUCGGCUGUGACCCCGCUCUCAUGACUGUUCACCUGAAGGACCUGGUUGUCUUCAUGAACGAGAUCGCCUCCAACACUGAGGCUGAUGAGGAUACCCGUACUCAGGCCAUCAGCUUCCUGAUGCAGUGCAUCCAGUACCGCAAGCUCAAGGUCCAGGGCAUGCGCAUCGGUGAGCAGCUCACCCGCAGCGCCCUUCAGAUCGUCACUGAGCUCGGUGACGCUUCUGCGUUGGAUGACGACAUCACCCCUGCUCGCUCCGCCCUUGGUCUGUUGGAUAUGCUCGCCCAGAGCCUGCCCCCCAGCCAGGUCGUCGUGCCUCUGCUCCAGUCGCUUGGCCAGUACUUCAACAACAGCAACCCCGACUACCGUCGUGCCGGUAUCAUGGCUCUCGGCAUGGUCGUUGAGGGUGCCCCCGACUUCAUCAGCACUCAGAUGAAGGAAAUCUUCCCCAUGGUCCUCCAGCUUCUGGCUGACCCCGAACCCAAGGUUCGCCAGGCUACUCUCCACGCCGUUGCCCGCCUUGCGGAUGAUCUGGCGGAGGACCUGAGCCAGGAGCACGAGAGACUCAUGCCCCUGCUGUUCAAGAACCUUGCCAGUGCCAUGCAGGAGUACAAGGGUGAGGAGGAUGGUCCUACCAUUGACAUCAUGAAGGCUGGUAUCAGCGCCAUUGACGCCGUCGUCGAUGGUCUUGAUGAGAAGGACGUUGCUCCUUACCAGGCUGAGUUGGUCCCUAUCCUUCACAAGCUCUUCAAGCACCCCGACUUCAGAAUCAAGGGUCUCGCUGCCGGCGCUCUUGGCUCUUUGGCCUCCUCCGCUGGCGAUUCCUUCCUGUCUUUCUUCGACGAGUCCAUGCACCUCCUCCAGGAGUAUGCCACCGUCAAGGACAGCGAGGAGGAGCUCGACCUCCGCGCCAGUGUGACCGACGCCAUGGGCGAGAUGGCCGCUGCUGCUGGUCCCGAGCGCUACCAGCCCUACGUUGAGCCCCUCAUGCGUGCUACCGAGGAGGCUCUCCACCUUGGUCACUCUCGUCUCAAGGAAAGCACCUACAUUUUCUGGGGUGCCAUGUCCAAGGUCUACGCCGAGCACUUCUCUCCCUUCCUUGAUGGCGUUGUCAAGGGUCUGUUCGCCUGCAUCGAGCAGGACGAGACUGAUCUUGACGUUUCUCUCGGCGAGGCUGCCAAGGAUCUCGUCGGCCAGGAGGUGACCAUUGGUGGCCGCAAGGUCCGUGUCGCUAGCGCCGAUGACGACGAUGAGCCUGUUGGUGAGGAUGGCGAGAUCGAGGACGUUGAUGUUGACGAGGACGAGGAUGCUUGGGAUGACAUCACUGCCACCACUCCUCUCUCUUUGGAGAAGGAAAUCGCCGUCGAGGUCAUCGGUGACCUCGUCACCCACACCAAGGCCGCUUACCUCCCCUUCUUCGAGAAGACCAUCGAGAUGGUUCUGCCUCUCGCUGAGCACCCUUACGAGGGUGUCCGUAAGAGUACCAUCAGCACUCUUCACCGCUCCUACGCUAUGCUGUACUGCAUUGCUGAGGAGAGCGGCCAGAUGGAGAAGUGGAAGCCUGGUCUUCCCCUCCAGGUCGAGCCCGCUCGUGAGGUGCAGAAGUUUGGCGAGAUCCUGAUGACUUGCACCAUCAAGAUGUGGACUGAAGAAGAUGACCGGGCUACUGUCGCCGACAUCAACCGCAACAUGGCUGAGAACCUCCGCUACUGCGGUCCCGCUCUCAUCGCCAACGAGACCACUCUGCACAACGUCAUCACGAUGAUCACUGAUAUCAUCACCAAGAAGCACCCUUGCCAGCUUGAGUUCGGCCCCGAGGAGGAGACCCUUGAGGCUGGUGAGGAGACUUCCGAGUUCGACUGGGUCGUUGUUGACACUGGUCUCGACGUCGUCUCUGGUUUGGCUGCUGCUCUGGGUGAGACCUUUGCCGAGCUCUGGAAGGUCUUCGAGAAGAUCAUCAUCCGCUAUGCUGGUAGCUCCGAGGCUCUCGAGCGUGCCACUGCUGUCGGUGUCCUCGCCGAGUGCAUCAACGGCAUGGGUGCCGCCGUGACUCCGUUCACUCCUGCCUUCCUGAAGCUGCUCGUCCACCGCCUCGGCGAUGAGGACCCCCAGACCCGCUCCAACGCCGCCUACGCCGUUGGCCGUCUCAUCGAGCACUCCAACGCCAAUGACCAGAUUGCCAAGGAGAUCCCCACCAUCCUGUCCCGUCUCGAACAGUGCCUCCACAUGAACGCUUCCCGUCUCCAGGACAACGCCACCGGAUGUUUGUCCCGCAUGAUCCUCAAGCACCGCGAGAGCGUUCCCAUCAAGGACGUCCUCCCCGUUCUCGUUUCCAUCCUUCCCCUCAAGAAUGACUACGAGGAGAACGACCCUCUGUACCGCAUGAUCUGCCAGAUGUACAAGUGGGAAGACCCUACCGUCCGCGAGCUGACUCCCCAGUUCCUCCCCAUCUUCCAGGCCGUGCUCUCGGAUCCCGACCAGCUCGAGGACGAGCGCCGUGCUGAGCUCAUCGAACUCGUCAAGUGGCUCAACCAGAUGCAGCCUGGCUCCGCCCCUUGGGUCGAGCAGCUGUAAAUGCUGGUCGAGGUGAGCGUGACGAUACAAUUUGAUGAACCAAAAAGAACCUUUUACUUUAAUGGAUAGACUGGGUUUCUCUUGAUGCAAACAAAGAGGGACUACAUGAUGGAUGAUGCUAGAAGAUACCCCAGGGCCCGGAGACGCCAUCCGGCUCUGUACGAAUGCAAUUUUUGCUAAGAUAGACCUGAUCGAUUGGAUAUGACGAUUCAUGACUUGGACACAAAAGUCGGCAGUGUAAAUACUGAAUUUAUUUUUUUUACAUCUUAC